UGGGGGGGGGGGGGGGGCAUGUCCCCCCCACUUUUUCCAAAGUCAAGUUUUGACCCCUGCACUUUUUACCAUCCAAAAACAAUAUUACGCUAUAUUAAAUUGACACUGGUUGAGCCCUAGAACCAAGCAGAAAACAACCGUUUGUGAUGAACCCUGUUUCCCAUUAGAGUACAACCCCCCCCCCCCCCCAAACACUGUAUAGGUGUAUACCUGUACAAUAUAUAGGUGCAUACAGGUGUAUGCUGGGGCAGCAGUAGCUCAACAGGUUGCUACUUAACCCACCUUGCCUGCUGGUGGUGGUCAGUGGGGCUGGUGGCACCUGUGCUCGGCAGCCUUGCCCCUGUCAGCACGCUCCAGGGCAGCUGUGGCUACAUCGUAGCUCAUCACCAUCAGUGUGUGUGAAUGUGUGUGUGAAUGCAUGAAUGAUACACUGUAGUGUAAAGCACUUUGGACUCCUGACUCUGAGAGGCGCUAUACAAGUGCAGAUCAUUUAUCAUUAUCAUUCAUCAUCUAUGUUCAUACUUGUUAGUUGACCAACAUUUCUAAAAUUCCUUGUUUGCAUUGGUCAUAAUUGAUAUUUAAAUUUUCUGAGAUACUGAAUUUGGGACUUUCAUUACUUGUCAGUUAUAAUCAUUAAAAUGAAAGAAAUUAACAUUUGAAAUAAAUCAGUCUGUAUGUAAUGAAUGUUAAAGUUUCACUUUAUGAAUGGAACCACUGAAACAAAUCAAUAUUAUGACCAGCACCCGUAAAUAAGGCUCUACACUCACUGGCCACAUUAUUUGGUACACCUGUCCAACUGCUCGUUAAUGCAAAUUACUAAUCAGUCAACCGAGCUUCAGUAUGAGGAAGAAAAGUGAUUUGAGUACCUUAAGGCCGAUGUCCACACCGACUUCUGACAGUCUGGAUCUGCUGGGGGUCUCCACGCAAAGGGUAUUGUAGACUCAACAGAUUGCGUUGGAAGACUUUAUUAACUAUCCUAAGCUCAUCAAACAAACCUCCAAAUUAUUUUACAUCACAGACUCUACAAAUUCUCUCAGAUACAAAGAAUGGUUUUGCUAAAACAUCUAGCUUCCAUUACAACAUUUCACACAUCACAUUAAAUCACUCCAAAUCCAUUACACCACAUUUCAUUAUUCACAUCUUGUCAUGUAUAAUCAUUAGUUUAGGAAAAAGAAUUAAAUUCCUUUUAUAAACUAUAUACUUGACUCUGUCUGAAUUAAUACAAAGUCUGUUUAUGGUCCUUGAAGGAGCAAAGAACCCUAGAAUCUUCUGAUUAAACAUUCAAAGAUCAAUCAGGUUGAUUUUUCAUAUUUAUAUGGACUCAUCACAUCUUAUUGGUCAUCAUUAAUAUGUAGUGUCAGUCAUCAUCACUCUACAUUCACUGCACUGGAGUGGUGGCGCCCCUAUUUAAAGUAAAGUCUAUUCAGGGGUUCUGAAGAGGAGGGUACAUUGGAUAGUCGAAUCUCUGGUUCAGGAGGAACAGUGUGGUUUUCGUCCUGGCUGUGGAACACUGGACCAGCUCUAUACCCUGAGGGGGGUCCUGGAGGGUGCGUAGGAGUUUGCCCAACCAAUCUAGGCAUUUGACCGUGUCCCUCGGUACACUGUUAAAAAAAUCCGUAAAUUUAGGGGUCCCUUUACCGUGGAUUUGCUACGGAUUCGCUCCGUUUUGCGAAAUACGAAAAUUCUGCUGUUGCGCACGCGCAUGCGCAACAGCAGAAUUUUCUCCCCCUGCCAGAAUAUUCCGACGCCAUUACUUUCAGUGCGGUCAGUGCCUACCUAAAUUUCUGCAAGUCACAAGGAAAGUUGGAAACAGGUUGGUUGUGUGGAAUGAGAACGGAGUGCCACCUUGUUCCCUCUCGUACAUUAAAUUGGCCUCGAUAGGCAGUUGGAAGUGGUGUGUAUGUGAGUGGACGUUUGCUGCUAGCUGCGUUAGCAUUAGCAUUAGCCAGCCGCCUGCGCUUCGUAAGUACGUCAAAAACCAUUUUUCCCUCCCUCUUACAUGAAAUUUGGUCUCGAUAGUCAGUUGGUAGCCGUGUGUGUUUCAUGGUAACAUUUGAAUGUGUGGGUUUUGCGUUAUUUUGAAGCGUGGUUUGCCCAACUAAAGUUAGCGUUAGCCCAUAAAUUGGAUGCGCGCGCUUGUGUGUGUGUGUGUGUGUGUGUGUGUGUAUUGUUAUAGCUCGCCGUGUUACGUUAGCAUGCAACUGAACAUGGUAAUAAUUAAAAGGGGUGAUAGUUAAGUAGAAUCAGAUUUCCUUGCAGGAAAAAAUUUAAAGCCCAAGGAAAGUGGCCCAUGCAGCCCAACGCAGAUUACUUAUUUGAAGGUACCUGAAAAAAUGUGCUUCACUGUGCUGAUAUAAAUUUAUUGUUUUCAUAUUGAUUCUGUUCUGAUUCUGGCUAUCCUUCAAUUGGCAAAUUCAAUCCCUUAAAAAUGUUGACUUGUAGCAUUUGUGGCUUUAAUGCUCGGUCUUCGACUGAUUACUUGAAACACUGCCGAACACACAGAAAUAAUAAUAAUGUAUCUUUUUUAUGUGGCCAUAGGGAUUGCAGAAGGAAGUUUAACACAUACAGUAGCCUUGCUGUGCAUAUGUCACGAGCUCAUGUAGACAGAAGGAGCACACAAACAUGGAACCGUAAUGUGUCUGUACAAUUAAGGUGCUUGUUUAAUUUUUGCAGCAGUGAAUAUGAUUAUCUUAAAACUUUAAAGUGUCAUUUGAGUGGUCACAUAGAUGAGGGUUUGACUGUAACAUGUCCCUUUGAUGGAUGUUCUAAGACAUUCAAUGUAAAGUCAUCCUUUUUAACGCAUAUUUCCAGAUACCAUAAAGGGUGGGAUGUUACCAAGAUAGCCCCAGUUCAUAUAUGUGAACUAACAGAACGGUCUUUCCAAGGUGAAAUAUCACAUGUAGAACCUGAAGAACCUGAAAGUUUUAACAUUGAUGCAGAACAAAGUGAUAAUUUCUGCUGUGAUCAAGUGAAAGACAACUUCACAGAGAGUCUUGCUCAGUUUUACUUGGGUUUACAGGCAAAAUAUUUGGUUCCAGCCUCCACAAUAACAGAAAUAGCAAAUGAAAUGAGAACUAUAAGUGAUAUUCAACAGGAAUAUACUGUGGAUGCACUAGCCUGUGAACUGGGGCAGUAUGGUGUUCCAAAGGAGACUGUAACAUCUCUUGGGAAUAGUAUAUACGAGCAGAGCCCUAUGCACAAGGCAUUACAUGAAAAGGGUCAUUUAACUACGCAACACAAGAGGCUGAAAUAUUACAAGUCACACUAUGACUAUGUUGAACCUGUUGAAGUCUUUCUUGGACGCAAUCACAGUGGCCAGAAGAGGCACUAUCAUUACAUCCCAAUACUGGAAACCCUCAAAGUAAUUCUGAAACAGCAAGGUUUAGAUCAGCACAGUCCUAGUUCUAAUUCUGAAGAUGAUGUACUGUGUGAUGUCACUGAUGGGUGGGCCAUCAAAUCCAAUGCCAUGUUUUCCUCAGACCCAGACAGUUUAAAGGUAAUGCUCUUUCAGGAUGCUUUUGAGGUGGCUAAUCCACUCGGAUCUGCCAAGACAAAGCAUAAAGUAUUGGCUGUCUACUUCACACUUGGAAAUUUUCAUCCACACCAACGAUCAACUGUUGAUCAGAUACAGUUGGCAUUACUCUGUGUAGAGAAAGAUUGCAAAUACUUUGGAAUGGAUAAGAUUUUCAAUAAGCUAGUGUCAGACUUGUGUGAGCUGGAGGAAAGGGGCAUAUCUUUCAAUGGAAAAAUAUAUAAAGGCACUGUUGCGUGCAUAAUGGGCGAUAAUCUGGGCUCCCACAUGAUUGGUGGCUUUACAGAAAAUUUCAGCACAGCUCAAUAUUUCUGCAGAUACUGUUUGGCAACAAAAAGUGAAUUUCAGUCUAACCCUCUCACAGUUUUCACUCAUAGAAAUCCAGCUGAUCAUAAUGAGACUGUGCGGUUUCUGGAAAGUAACGAUGAAGUACACACUCAUCACGGUGUUAAAUGUGACAGUGUUUUCAACAAACUGUCCAACUUUCAUGUGUGUCAGCCAGGCUUACCAGCUUGUUUAGCUCAUGAUCUGUUUGAGGGGGUAGUAGAUUAUGAUUUGGCAUUGUUUUUGCAGUUCUUAAUCAGAACACAAAAGUGGUUCAGUUAUGAGGUUCUUAAUGAAAGAAUCAAAUCAUUUCCUGGUGAAAGCAGCGACAAGCUAAACACUAUUCCCACUACAGGAGCCAGGCUUGGAGGACAUGCAGCCCAAAACAGGUGGCUUUUGAAAUUCUUGCCUGUUUUGGUGCAUGACACAAUUGAAGAUGCUGAUAAUGAAGUAUGGGGACUUGUACUACUUCUGAGGGAGCUUGUUGAAUUUGUCUGUGCACCUCGGCUCUCAGAGUUGCAGAUUGCUUUCAUGAAGGGACUGAUUGAACUGUAUGUGGAAUUGAGGCAAGAGCUGUUUCCAAGAGUUCAACUUAGACCAAAACACCACUAUCUGCUUCACUAUGCACACUUGACUUUACAAUUUGGCCCACUCAUAUAUACUUGGACAAUGCGCUUUGAAUCAAAACAUUCUUAUUUUAAAAGGUGCAUUAGGGCAAGUAAGAACUUCAUAAAUGUAACCAAGUCUCUGGCUGAACGGCACCAGUUGCUUCAGGCUUAUCAGUCUUGUGGUACCUUGUUUCGUUCCCAGAUUCAUGUGUCAGACUCAACACGGUUCUAUCCAGAGCUCUAUGACCAGAACAUAAGGACAGUGGUUGGUGAAUUUGAUUUGAACUCAAGUAACUCAGUUGUCACAGAGAGUGCGCAGGUUAAAGGCACUAAAUAUGCAAAUGGAAUGCUGGUCUUACUGAGCUACGCAAAAGGACUGCUGCAGUUAGGACAAAUAGCAAGCAUUUUUGUAAAAAAUGAAACUACUGUCCUACUUUUGCUUCGAGGGAAAACUGCCAGCUGGAUACCUGAGCUUGGACUCUAUGAACUUGAUAAAAAUGCUUCUGACCUGUUCAGUUGCCAUGAUUUGAACAAACUUGUUGAUUAUCAUCCGCUUUAUGCUUACCACAGAGGUACUCGGUGGCUCAUUCCUCUUAAACACACACCAACAUGGAACUUGUGAAAAACUAUGUCAAGAAAGCAAUGCCAUCGCUCAGUAGCGAUAAGAUGGAUACACUCAUGGCUAAACUGGAGGAAUUAGGAGUUCUCUCUGUAGAUGACCUGAGCCUUGUGGACCCGGAGGACAUUAAAGACACUCUGCCAUUCAUUCAGUGCAAAAGAUUCGUCAGAGCUGUCAAAGCAUUGGAAGCAGGUGAGUUUUUGCCCCUCUGUUUUAAUGCAAGUUUUCUGAAACUACAAGGGUUUAUUCCAAAAAUGCCAAAACAAAGUUGCCAUCAGCUGUACAUGGCAAUAAUUUCUCUAUAAUUGGUUUUCAUAAUUAGGUCCAUUUGUAUUCCUGGUUGACCCAAACUGGACAUUGAGGACCAAUUUAUUAAUUGAUUUGCAACAACUGUGAUGUGUUUAAUUUAUGGAGAUGUUUGUCAUGUCAUCCAUAGAUUCACAAACUCCACCGCAGUUCACCCGGCCUAGCCCCUCAUCAACACCUGAACCACAGAGGUUUCAGCUGCCCUCAACACCACCUGAGACAGCCGACUCCCCAUCCCAAGACACAUAUUCUGUACCAUGGCACAAAUUUCCCUCAAAAGUCAUGGAUGAGUUGCGUGAAAAAAAGUACAUAAUGGGGAAAGACAGACGAGAGAUGGUUCGGAUCGUCGCUGAAGAUUACCUACAUAAACACCCAGGAAGACCUGGUAGACAAAAGCUGAGGGAACUCGCCAGUAUGAUUGUAGGACAAUAUCCUGCCUCCUUCAAGCUGACAGAGCCGUUUGGAAACAAACCUUUUGCAAAAGAUGGUUCUGAAACUCUCUUUCGUCAGCUGGAACACAGAAUUGAAAAUAUGAAGAGGCCACUAAGCUCACUGAAGAGGCAAGCAGGGGGUGAAAAUUCGACAAAGAAAAGGCCCAGGAAUUCAGAUCUGUAUGGAUGUGUUGCGUGGGAUCCAAUCAUUGAGGGGGCCAUGUGUAGAGAAGACCUGCUGUCUAAACGAGAUGAGUUGAAACGUGCCUUUCAAACCCAGGAUCUUCAGGAGUCAUCUGUUCGAAAAUUGAUGACUGAAACAUAUCCCAUUCAGCGUGAAAUCCUCAACGAUGAUGAUACCACUAUUGCCGUUGUAAAGGACGAGUGGCCGUUCCUGUUUGAAGUUCCUCACCUGUUUGAUCAUGCAUCUAAACUCCUUGACUUCUCUGUACAAAACAAGCUGGCACAGGUGUGUUGUUAUUGUUAUUAUUAUGAUUGUGCUGUGCUGCUCCAUAUGGAGAGAAUUUUGUCUUUAUUAAUCAAUCAAAAACAGAUUUGCAACCAAAAAGAGAGUUGAGACCAAAAAAGAUAAACUGGCAACCAAUCAAAUAGAAUAACUUGGAUAAACAAUCAAAUGGAAUAGAUUUGAGACCAAAAAUCAAGAAGUGACAACCAAAAAAGCAGGACAUUUGAGAUCAAAACAGAACAGGUUAUUUUAAUUUUUUUCAAAAUUCUCUCCAUAGCUCCAAACGAAAAUGAGUGUUAGUCUUAUGUACUUGUACAAAAUUAACACCUUGAACCUUGAACAGGAACUUUCCAAAAAAGAAAAGGGGAUCAGUGACUUCCUUGACUACAAAGGGAUGAAGACGGGCGAAGGUCCAAUACAGCUCAUCUGCGGCAUUUCAAAAUACUUCAAGGAAGACUCUUAUAAACUCUUCCACAAAAAAGAGGUAGAUGUUGUAGAUUUUAAACUGUGUGCAAGAUAAUUAUUUGCAUCCAGUGGUGAACCGAGUAACCAACCACAGUAGGAAGUAUAGAUUCCCCUAAUUGUGCUGCUGAUAUUCUCUAUAAACUAUUUACAUUAAUGUUUGUGCAUAAUGGCUACCUCUGUCUGAUGAAGACACUAGCAGAUAGUCAAUUUGCCAGCAGGUUUGUGUGCACUGGAAACAUUCAUUCAUGUAUCGUGUCUGUCACCAAAACAGAUCUCUGCAGAUCCUGAAGUCAAACUCCCAGUGACCCCAUGCAUCCUAAUCAGAGGUGACCAGCAAUUCAAGAUUGCUGUUGAUGGGUUACUUGUCAAUGACCACAUCACCUCUCCCAUUGUGGCCUUGAGCUACGUCUUCUCCAUGUUUUAUGUCUGCAACGUCCAAUACCCACCGGAGAUGGCUUUUACUCUCGAAUUCAUGCAAAGAGUUUUCUUUGGGGUCAAUCCUGAGCGAGGCUCCAAGGCAGAGAAGAAGGGGAAGAAACUGCACUUCAUUCCUCCACAGGUGUGCAAGCUGGUUUCUCAGCUGAAGGAAUUUGAAUGCAAGCAGAAGGAAUCUGAAUGGGCCAUUUGAGCUGUUCUCAGAGCUCAGAAAAUACCUUUUUGGACUGAAUGUACACACACACACACACACACACACACACACACACACACACACACACGCAAAUCCAAAAACAUGGGGUUUGGGAGUCGAAAUACAGAUUUUUACAGUAUUAGGUGAGUUCAGAUGUUUUAUGCCCACAACACACAUGCUGCAGUUUAAAAUCCCCCAUGUUAAGGGGGAGGGAAGGUGGGUGAUAUUUGUCAUUCCGGUUAAGCUUUUCCUGUCAUUGUGGAGUUGGAGGUGUAAGUUUUAAUUUUUUUUUUUGUUUUAAUUUGUUUUAAGAGUUUUAAAAAUCUCUUAAUGGCAUGUUGCACAGUCAUCCUUCUAAGGUCAUGGUUGUUAUUGCUGCACUGAUGUUUUAUAGAAAAGUUGUAUAAUAUAAUACUUCUAAUGUUCUAUUUGUUUUUUGUAGAAAGGUCAGCCACUGGUUGCAGAGCUCUGCCUGUCGGUGUGAUAUGUGGAGUUGGAGGUGCAGGUUUCUGCAUCCUCCUGGAGGGGCCUCCUCAUUUUGCACUGACAGGUGAGACAGCAACAGCAAUGCUGGCAGUUUUAUUGUCUUAUUUUGUCAUUGUCUUUAACAAAACAAGUUGUUAUUAAUGCCUGUCAGCCUGUGGAUGCUAAAAAGUUGCUAGAUU